AUGUCUGCUCCGUUAAACUCGUCCCAUCCGGGUGCCCUCGUGUCCGACCUUAUCGAGAAAUACAUUCAUGAAGCUAAGGCCAGCCUUACCAAGGCCAUUAGUUCCCUCCAGGCAGCCGAAAACAGCCUUCAGUUGGUUGGUCCUCUCUCGGGAAUGCCCGCUACCCUCUCCGCUCAACAGAGACAUGGUGGUUUGGAGAUGGGUUAUGGACAGUUGGAGAGCUCUGUGGAGAUUAGCGGUGAGGCUAUUGAGUCUCUUCAGUCUGCUAUCGCUCUGAUGACCGGCCGUUAA